GAGGCACUUGCUGCUUGUUCGUCCGCGAGGCCUUCGCUAUGUCCGAUUACGACAGUGGUCGUCGCGCGUCCGUCCGACCGGAAUCCAAAACCAUGUCUGAAGCGGAGAUGAUGAUGGAGGAGAAGCUGAGGAAGAAGAAGGAAGAGGAGGAGGAGAUGUGGCGCGAGUACAUCGAGCAGCGCAAAGCUCAGCGUGCUAAGGAGGACGAAGAUCUUCGCAAGCUGAAGGAACGCCAAGCGAAGAGGAGGGCCGCUCGCGAACAACAAGAGAAGGCGAUGAUGGAGUACAAGAGGAAAGCCGAGGAGGCUCGAUCCCGCGAGGUCGAGGAGAAGAAGCUCAGGGAGGCCGAGGCUAAGCGCAAGCGUCUCGAAGAGGCCGAGAAGAAGCGUCAAGCAAUGCAGGCGGCCAAGGAUAAGAGGGAGAUGGAGCCUGUGAAGCCCAACUUCUCGAUCACCAAGAAGGAAGCCAUGGACAUGGGUAAUGCUCUCGGAACCUCCAACUUGGACAAGUUCGCCAACAUCAUGCACGCUCGAGGUGAAAUGGGUAAGACCAAGGAGCAGCUCGAGGAAGACAAGACGACCAUCCUGUCCAUGCGAGUGGCCCCACUCGCCAUCGAGGGUCUCUCCGUUGAUGACCUCAAGAACAAGGCCAAGGAGCUCUGGGAGCGCAUCGUGACCCUCGAGUCCGACAAGUACGAUCUGGAAGAGCGUCAGAAGCGCCAGGACUACGAUCUGAAGGAGCUCGCUGAACGUCAGCGCCAGAUCAACAGAAACAAGGCUCUCAAGAAGGGUUUGGACCCUGAGGCUCUCUCUGGAAAACAUCCGCCCAAGAUUCAAGUUGCCUCCAAAUACGAGAGGAGGACCGACAGGAGAACCUUUGAAGAUAAGAAGGAGCUCUUCUCGGGUGGUUUCGAAGCCGCCGGUGAUGCUGAUCAAGAGAAGUUUUGGGAGGAGAAGAUGAUGGCUUUCAAGGAGCGGGAAGGUCCCAAAGAACUACCCAAGUGGGAUCCGGAGAAUCCCAAGAACAAGCAGUCGUACGACAGAACUCGAGCUGAAAUCGACGACGACGACGAUGAUAUACCUGUACCUGUUUUCAAGCCCCCGGAGGAAUUCGACAUCCCCUCGUCUAAGCCCGCGCCCGAGCCCGAACCUGAAGAGGAGGAAGCAGCUGAGGAGGAGGAGGAAGAGGCUGAGGAAGAAGAGGAGGAAGAAGAAGAAGAGGAGGAGGAGGAGUAGAGGUCGAUAAAACUUCAAUGACGCUUUCGCGAGCUUCCGGCAGGGACUUCGGCGUAGAGCUGUCUCGGAUCCCAUUCCCCCUAUUCCUCUGAGCCGAGCAGAAUAAAAUAUUUCACGCUAAUGGUGG